CACCGCGCGGCGUGGAACGAACGGUUAGUCGUGCCGCAUCGGCCAUAAGUAGAAGACGUAUCGCGUGUCUCUCUAACGAUUUGUUUGUUAUUGCUGCGGCGCUUGUUCUUCCAUUGUGUGAACUCUUUCGUUUGAGCCCUUUAAAUAUAAUACGAACACUAAACGUUGUUCGUAGCUCAUCGGUUUGCCCAUAAACACGAAUGUUGCAUAGUUAUUUUACACGGUGGUUUCUCGUUUUCCAAUAUUUGUUGGUGUGCGGCUAGUUAACACGCGACGCACUGCGUUUUCAACGAACGCUAAAACACUUCAGAUUCGCGUUUGUACGAUAAUAAGUGUGCAAUCGAUACUUCUCUCUGUAACUUGCUCCUAAAGCUUAACUUCCUAUAUAUCUGUCUAUCUCUGUGCGAGUUUUUUUUAAAGGUAUGUGUCGAAUGAGGUGAUCGUAUGUACUCGACCUUUUCGAUCUUAAGAUUUCAUGUGUUUGCUGUGUUUUGUUGUGAAUUAAGUUACAUCUGACUUGACAAAAUGGAUAUAUUACCCAGCGUUAAUAUCUUCCGAGAACUCCAAGACAUUCACGAUACUGGGUACUUUUCGGCGCAGCCAAGUCUCGAGGACCAUUGGCAACAGACUUGCUAUGAGAUGGAGCGAUAUUUGAAGGACGAGCCAAAAAUCCACCAGUCCCUUAAGAAGCUUCCAACCGACAUGGAAACGCGGUGGUUGAAGAUGGAAGUGGAACUGGAAGAUUUUGGGGAACGCCAUUUGGAUUCGUUGAGUACAAGUUCGGCAAGUUCCUCGUAUUCCUGGGAUAGCGCAUUAUCCUGCGCUGUCCUCGUCAAACAAGAGCCUGUCGAUGAUAUGGAGGAAGACGAAGACCAGUACCACGAACACAGUCGCAGUAGUCACCAUCACCACCAUCAUCAUCAUCACCACCAUUCGACACGGGAUGCUCUUCAGUUGCGCCUAGUCGAAAGGACGUCGUCCAGCACGACCUUGACGCCACCGUCUAGUCCUGAAUCGAGUCAGGGUCACAAUAGUAACGGUAGUGGUAGUUCUAGUGCUAGUGAACUAGACGUUUGCAGUUUGCGAAUGAGCGGUAUGCCCAGAAACGCUAUUGUCAGGGUACGUGCUUCAGGACUCACCAGGUACAUCUCGGUAGUACCGCGGAGUACCGCGCCGACAGCUUCAGCGGCCAUGACGUCGCCGGGUGCCAAACAUGCUCGCCUCGAUCACUCACCCGACUCGAAGAGGAGGAUACACAAGUGCCAAUUUCUCGGAUGCAAAAAAGUCUACACGAAGAGUUCGCAUUUAAAAGCCCACCAAAGGACGCAUACAGGUGAAAAGCCGUACAAGUGUUCGUGGGAGGGUUGCGAGUGGCGGUUCGCGCGUUCCGACGAAUUAACCCGUCACUAUCGUAAACACACGGGCGCGAAACCGUUCAAAUGCCGCCACUGCGACCGCUGCUUCAGCCGCUCAGAUCACCUGGCCUUGCACAUGAAACGUCACGCCUAGGUCUAGUAGGCGACCGACGACGCCGACGACGCUGCCGCCGCCACACUGCAACCGCCGACGCCGUGGUCGUCGCAUCACUGCCAGUUACCGCUAAACAUGUAAAUAAUAAUUAUUAUUAUCACAACAACAUUAAUACAAUCAUUACGGUCUAGUCAAUUUACCAUCGAAAAAACAUGUCACAAUUUGCGUUAGGCAUGCAGAAAUUGAUUAAAGUGCGACUUUUUUGUGAAAAUAGUUAAUUUUUCUAGCUUUAAACGUCCUAUAUUCUUACAAUAAUUUGCUAUUACUAAUAAAUAUUUCAGUUUGUUAAUUUUAAAUGCGAAUCAUACACGUAGGGAACGUUACCCAAAAAUGGUGCCGACUGGACCGUGAUAGAUUGAAAUGUUACAUUGUAAGUAAGAGAGAGAAAGUGAGAGAGAGAGAGAGAGAGAGAGAGAGGUGUAGUCAGGUUUAGAUGCAGCCGUUGUUGUUGCGGGUGGUAGAGGGUGACGUGCGUGACAAUUCUCGUUACACAAACCGCCCCCGUCACACCGAACCCCAUUCCCUCGCACCUUGAUACAAUUCCCUAUUAUUGUUGGAACGCACGUCGCCCUAAUCCACCCCCUUCGCUCGAAGCACCGAUGAAUAGAGGGAACGAUUCCUCAGUGAUGAUACUCCUGUGAUCAACUCAGCAUCGCCCACAUAUGUAUAUGUACCACACUUAAUUGGAUGUAUGUAUGUAGGCCAAACUACAGCCCGCUCCCUGAAUAGAUUUAUGAUUACACUUGCAAUCUUACGUGGAUUUCUUUUUAUAUCAUUUGAUACUUUAGAAGGGCCCGGGUAAUAAAUUAUUGCAUCGAGAAGGCAGACGUUGAAACAGUCAAAAUUAAUAGAUCAGAUAUACUGAAGAAUAUAAUAUACUUCGUCAUUUUAUUAAUGGAAUAAUUAGUUUCGAUAGUAGAAUGUGUAGGUAUUGAGUGUAGGAAAUUUAAAUUGUAAGUAAAUGGAUUUAAAUAAAUUUUUGGAUAGCGACGGGAAGAUGUGAUAAAAAGGCUAGGAACUUUCAUAGGAGAAAUAUUAAAAAUUGUUACAUUUUCUUUACAUUGAUUAACAUAUCACUUCUUAAAACUAAAAAGUCCGAGUAAUUUAUAAAUAUUAAAAACGUGCUAAAUAAGUAGUACUUACAGCUAAACUGCUUUAAUAUUGUUAUUAAAACUAAAAGAGAUAUAUAAAAUUAAAUAUUUUUAAUAAUAAAGUCAACUAAUAAUGUUAAGCUUAAGCUUCUUUAAGUUAAUUGAUUUCAUAUAUGCCUAGUUCACAAAUAAACGUAGAUAAAUAAAUAAUUACUGCUAGAAAUUGCUCGUCAGUAAGUACCUAAUUAAAAAAGAGUUCGUUAAUUGUGUCAUUUGUUCAGGGAGAGGGAGUUAGAGCAUUUAUAAUAACUUUUACAACAAUUUUGUACAUUUUCAUGCCCCUCUGGGUUAGAUGUGAGAUGCGGUCGGUAAACGCGUUUUAACUAACGGAGGGGGGCCGUGAAACCGGGUACCCUAGCGAUUAAGUAACAACUAAUUAAUAAGUAAAUAAUAAGUAACUAAUAGUUUGUACGAAUGUGUCAAAGUAUUAAAUAUGAAGACUGUGCAGGCAAACGCCCUUUUAAUAGACUAAAUGUUGUACUAUUUGUAUAAAGUAAUCAAAAAAGCAACGUAGUAGUUCGAUCAAAAAAUAAAAAAAAACGCAAAACAAAACAUUAUAAAACUGAUAAGAAAAAAGUAUUGUAUUACAUAAUUAUUAUGUAAUUAUAUUUUUGAAAAAGUGACCUUGGAUAUCUACUAAAACAAACCAACUUUUCAAAAUAAAUAAAUGAUAAAUUAAAUGCGACGACGUCACAUGUUCGCAUACAUGUUGCAUUUCCGAUGCGGCUUCCAUAGGCAGAAAAUGUCAGGCACUUGAUUGUGAUGCAUUAGAACUAUUCGCAUAGGCCGGACAGAAACGAUACAUCACGUAGGCCCUGCAAACGCAGAUAACCGCGCGGCAACCUCUGCUCGUUCGUUUCUGUUCGCCCAGUGUGAAAAGCUCUUAAAUUCUAUGACGCGUGCCGCAAUCUGCCUGUCCAGCCACACUUCUGACGCAUUCCUUUUCUAAACGUUUAUUCGUUCUGUAUUUCCACUUCUACCUUUUGCAUUGAAGCGUGAAUGUUGUUGUAUACAGUGCGAGUAAAAAAAUAAAACAAAACAAAAAACGGUAUCUACACACAUAGAUAUUUUUAAUGUUUGUAGCAUUUUGUAUAGCUGCAUGCUUCUUUGAUUCUUAUAAUUACUACUAAUGUUUAGUAAGUAAGGUAUAUUGCGAGAAAUCGUAUUUAUACUAGGACGAUUUUUGGUUUUCUUUACUUUUACUUUACGGACGAAAUCGAGCGCACUUUUGUUUAAUAAUAUCUAAUAUUAUUCGCAUUUGCAAGAUGAAAAAUAGUUUUGCUUGCUACGUAUUUGUAGGUUUUUGCAUUUUUAUACACACAUACAAAAUAUACAUUCGUACGUAUUACUCUGAAAGUACAAAAUUGUAACUUACAACGACCUGUUUACCCCAAAACGAUAAUAUGAAUAUAAACGGUAAGUUUUUACUGUGUGCUCUUGGUUUCGUCACUGUUUUCUCUUUCUUUAAUAACAUCUGCUACUUUUGUGUAAAUUAAAAACGAAAACGAUGAAUUAAUUAUCUAUUUUAUUAUUUUUAUUUGUACCGCAAUGUGAUAAGUUUGUACAUUGUAAAAUAAACGAUUUUUUUUUAUUGUAAGAAACCGAUUUUGUUGAGAGAAUUUAUCAGACUUAUUUGUAUUGUUUUGUUUUAAAAUAUUUUAUUUGUCUAACGAUACGAUUUAUUAUUAUUAUUAUUAUUAAUAUUAUUUACGUUUCAUUAUUAUAUUUAGCUGAAAUAAUUUAUAGCAAUAAUUACCGAUUAUUAUUUCUACUUGUUGCAAUAUAGGUACAUACAUACAUUUUCGUCGCAUUAUAUCUUAGUUAUAUAUAUUUGUAAGUGUUGUGUGUUUUGUAAAGAACCCCGUGUGAGAAAAAAUGAAUGAUAUUUUGGAAAGAGAAAGAGGUAAGAGAGAGAGUGAAAGUUAAAUGGUAGAAAAUAAUGAAAGAGAGAGACAGAAUACAUGCGCGCGCAUUCGCUCCUUGUUCUUCCUUAGUGUAGGUGUCAGAGUAAUAUAUUCAUUAACAUUAACGACUUUUAUACAUGAUAGAAGCGAGUACUUACAAGGUCAUGAUUUUGAUCGAUAGGUUUUGCUUCUGUCUUGCUUUCGAACGACCGAUUGGAUUCAGAAAGCUGCAGCAUACGCAAGUUUAAAGUUUGAAUUUUGUUUCGAGAGACGCUUUACCGAUAGAAUUGUCGAACAUACGACGUAACUCUGCGGCCAUGUUGUCUGCCGUUACUCUGCAAGGCGCGAAAAAUUAAAAAAGUCCAAAAGGUGCCUGAAUAUGCCUAUAUUGAUAUCAGCAUAAGAACGUAGAAGGUGCAGACUUUUGGUCUCAAAACUUUCAACUCAUUUCG